GUCGAUAAACGUCCUAAAAAUACGAGAAUGUCCUUCGGACGAUCAAUGGAAGCGCCUAUGGAUUUUGAUUAUACCAAUGAGAGACCUUCAAAAAGACCAUUUAAUAACAUUAACGAAGCAUCGAGUUCUAGGAUACCAUUUAACGAUAAAGAUAGAAGAUCAAACUUAGUUGGUAGCAACACGCCGUUUUUAUUCCAUACGACAGAAGUAAAGCCAAUAGAGAAUGAUAAUAAUAAUUUUGAUUCAUUUAAAUGGGACGUAAAAUCUAGUUUAGGUCUUGGUGAAGUUGAAAUGGCUGAUGCAUCACCUAAAAAGGAUAAUCCAGAUAAUAGAUUAAAGCUAAAUUCUAACGCAGUUAAUAAAAUGCGUAAAAAGAGAAUACGAAACCAACAAAAGUCACAUGAUCAACCUAACGAUAACAAUAUAAAUUAUGACGAUUUACCCAUUCUAUUAACAAAAUACGCUCAAACCGGUUUCAAUUUGUUCUUAUUAUUAGGGUUAUCCAGUCUAGUUUAUAAGUUAGUUAAAACUAUAUUGAAAGAUGUUGAAGAUAAGGUAGAAUAUUAUGUUCAAACGAUGAACUCAGAAGCUAGUGCAUGCGCAAGAUCAUACGCAUUAAAUCAAUGCGAUCCAAAAACAAGGGUGCCUGUAAGUGAGGAAGCCUGUAUACAAUUUGAGCAAUGUAUGCACAGAGAUCCAACAACGGUCGGUAUAGCAAGAGUAGGUGCGGCAGCAUUUGCAGAAAUACUAGAGGGUUUUGCAAAUGAAAUUGGAUUAAGGGGAGGAUUAUUAAUAAUAACAUUAUUGACAUUCUUUUGGUUGAUAAAGAGUGUUAACAGUAGAUCAAGAUAUCAUCAACAACAACAAUCACAACUUAUAAUAAAUCAAGAAGAAAUGGAAGAAUUCCAAAACUUCCUAAAGAGUAAUAAAACCAAGACAAAUAAAACGUCAAAAAAGAGAUGGGGCGAUGGGAAUAAGUGGUUAAAAGUUUAAUCUAAUUUUAUAGCUUGUACAGGUGGCAUCCUUUUUGAAACUUUUUCUUCAUUCUUUACGUGCAAUUUGAGUUUAUCAAUGAUUGGAUUGUUCUCCCAUCUUUGAGGUAAAGGUUUCCUGUUUAAAGACCAAUAAUAAAUGUCCCAAUCAGGUUCAUCCAUUAACUUGUCGAAAUCAUUUAACUCUUUUGUGUCCAUUUGACUUAAGUACUUCUGAGCAAACGUAGAUAGAAUUAGAUCGGAUUCUAAAGUACCUCUAUGUCUAGAUUGAUAUAAUAAUCUCGAUUUUUUAAUAGGAAUAGACUCAUUAACUCUUUCUAUAGGUUUAGGGUAGAAUUCUUGAUUUAAAUCGUCAGAUUGAGAUGUUGAAGAUAAAGAAGGAUCAAAAGGGAGUUUAAAAGGGUCCUUAUUUAAAUAAUUAGUCGUUGAUAAUAGCCUCUUGUUUAGUAUUGAUUUUAGCAUUUAGUAAUUUAAAUAAUGACUGUAAUUGGUCAUCAUCUUUGUAUGGGAAUUGAUGUAUAUAAAAUUCUAAGUGAUUAAAACUUUGAUUUAUAAAAUUUUGUUUGAUUAGAGUGAAUAAGAAGUACUUUAAAAGUUCAACGUUUUGCUCUUUAAUUAUUAAUAAUUCUAAUUGUUUUAGUAGAUCGUUAUUAUAAAUGAAAUCGAUAUAGACUAAUAAAUCGUAUAAUAAUCUUAUAGACAAAUUCAUUCUCAAUAAUAAACUUAAAGAUUUGUUCGCGUAAUUAAAAUUAUUCAACUCAAAAGAUAACUUGAAUAAUUCAAACAACUUGGUUUCGUUCUUCUUGUUUAGGUUGUCAUUUGAAUAAAUCAUUAUGGCAGAAUUAAGUAAUUAUUACUUCAGUUG